AUGCCGAAAAGCGACAGCGACAAUGAUUCCGACUCUUCUGGAGAUGAGUCGUGUAGUGAGCCUGGAAUGCUCGGUGCUUUCAUCAAGGUACAAGAGCGUAAAAGAGGCGACCUCACACAGUUUGAAGGGUUUGAAGAAGGAGAUGAUGGUACAGUUGUUCAAAAGAUGAAAAAUAUUCUUUCUUUGCGAGAGUCGCUUGGCAUGGACAGAGACACAGCCUUCGAAGCUGAACAAGAACGCAAAGCAGCUGACAAGAGACGUAUGGCCACGAUGUCGGUCGAAGAACGAAUGCAGUAUGAAGAGACCCAGACAGGGGACAUCAUGUCCAAAAUCCGUGAUAGGCAUCUCAAAAAACAAAAAGAAUUGAAAGAAAUGAAAAAGCGGGAUGAUGGUGAGCGAGCCGUAAAAUCCGGUUUAAUUCGUCGUGCGUCGACUGACCCCGCGGAUGAGUCGUUGCUGCUGCCGCAGGAGAAACUGAAGAAAAAGAAAAAUAAGCCUGUCGACGGAGAGCCCCUAUCCACUACUUCUAGGGUCGGAUUACGACAGAAGAGCAAGCGUGGAAUUGAGAAACCUAAGGUUUCGUUGGACCAAGGAGAUUCAGCAAAGCGAGAAAAGAAGAAGAAACCCGUUGAUCAGGUCCCAAUGCAGCACAAAGCCGUACGUGAAGCUCGCACUAGUGAAGACGCUGGUUUAAUGAAGAAAAAGAAAAAAAGUAAGACCAUUGACGGUGUCCUCGACACUGACAGUGCGUCCCGGAAACGACUUGCAAAAAAGAAGAAACCGAAGGAACUGAACGUUUGUGAAGCCCAGUCCCAGCUUGACGUGGAGAAAAAGAGACACAAGAAGAAGCGACCGGAAGCGCUAUAA